UUUUUUCACACAAACAUAGACGCUCUUUUGUCGACACGGUUCUGUGGAGAAGAGCUGUUCUUCGAGCUGCAUCGUUUCUCAGCAAAAAUUGCCUGUGAAUCUACUUAUGCUGCCUUUUGAUUUGACAGUCGCAUAAGUUAAUGAUGUUAUUGUGAGCUAGUGAAGUUGAACGAUGGAGAAAGUGAAUAAGAGGAAACUGCUAGUGUUUUUGGAUGUCUCGGUUGAUGGAGAUCCGUUUGAGAGAAUGAUUUUUGAGCUCUUCACUGAUGUUGCUCCCAAGACUGCUGAAAACUUCCGUGCACUUUGUACUGGAGAAAAAGGUGUCAGCGUUAAAACUGGGAAGCCACUACACUAUAAAGGGACCUUUUUCCAUCGCAUUAUCAAAGGAUAUUUGGCUCAGGGAGGGGACUUUCUGAGGCAAGAUGGUACAUGUGGAGAAAAUAUAUAUGGUGGAAAAUUUCCAGAUGAGUAUCCCAAACUGAGACACAAUGGCCCUGGCUUGUUAUCUAUGGCAAUUGCUGAUCGUGAUCAACGAGGCUCUCUGUUCAGCAUCACCUUUGACGCUGAACAUCAUCUUGAUAGGAAAAAUAUUGUCUUCGGAAAACUUGUAGAGGGAGACGAAGUGUUGAAAAAGAUUGAAAAUGCCGGAGAUGAGGAGGGGAGACCUGCUGUGAUUGUGAAAAUAGUUAAUUCUGGAGAAAUACAUGACGAUGCAAAGAGGAGUAAUAAGAAGUUGGGGAAGGAUGCAAUAGAGGAAAAUAAUCAUGGGGUGAAACGCAAGGGGAAGCACAAGAAAACUUCAAAGAAGAGGAGAAAAAGAAGAAAAAUUUACUCAUCCGAAUCUGAAAGUUCAACAGAUACUGAUACGGACUCUUCAGAAUCUGAUACUGAUUCUGACUCAGACACUUCCUCGUUGAGUGACACUAGCUCUUCAGGUGAUGACAGGCGUAAGAGGGGGAGAAGAUCUAAGAGGGACAGGCAUAAGCGUGGGAAAAGGAAGAAUAGACGUCAUGAAAAAAAACGCCGUAAGAGGCGGGAUAAAAAGUCAAAACAUAAAUCGAAAAGGAAUAGCAUCUCCGAUAGUGAGACUGGUGGUAAAAGUGGAGGUAGCUCUCAAGAUGAUGUUGCAGUUGGUGAUGUGAAGCAUAAAAUUUCUGAAGGGAAUUCAUCUCCUGUAGUUGAGCAAACUCCAAAGAUUAAUGAUAAGAAGUGGGAGGGAGCUAUCUCAGACAGAGAAGAUCGCGAGUUCCCCAAGGAAAAUGGAGAUCAUCCGAGUAAUGGUAUUGAUAUGGGAGUGGACUCUGCACAAACUGCUGCUGGUAGACACCAUUAUGCAGUAGAUAAUCGUCCAAGUAAAUCCAGGAGUCGAAGCGGAAGCCCUGUAAGAACGAGUACUAGUCCUAGGAACGCGGUCAGAAGUCCAAGUCCGAGUGUUAGCAGAAGCCCACAGCACAUCUCUGGCAGAAGCAGGAGCAAUACUCCAGCUAGGAGUGGGGGCAGCAUAAGCCCCCGGCCCCGCCCCCCAGCUAGGUCUCGUUCUCAACGAAGUCGUAGUAGAAGUGCUACUGUUUCUCCUCCCAGAAGAAGAGUUAUUCGAAGCCCACCCAGAAAUUCAUCCAAGAGGUCAUCGCUGAGGUCAGCAAGCCGCAGUCCGGUGAGAUCCUCCCGAAGGAGCAUAAGCAGAAGUCCAGUUAGGGCACCACCUAGGAGAAGCCCAAGUCAAAGCCCAAGUCCAAGUCCUGUAAGGGCACCUUCUAGAAGGACUAACCGCCCCAGCCACUCUGGCAGUCCUGUAAGUGCAGGCCGUAGGGCAAAAAGCCCAUCAAGAAGCCCUUCGGUUGAUGGAAAUCGAAUUAGAAGAGGAAGGGGCUUCAGUGAUCGAUUCACUUUCGCCAGGCGUUCACCCGAUCGGUCUCCUGUAAGGCCGUACAGUUACGGUGGUCGAAAUGACCGCGAUCGAUACUCAAGUUACAGAAGAUCAUCCCCUAGGCGUUACAGGAGUCCACCUCGAGGAAGAACCCCUCCCAGAUACAGAAGCAGGCGAAGUAGGAGCCGCAGUCCUAGUGUAUCUCGUAGUCCAAUACGAUUUCGUGGCCGACGCUACAGCAAGAGUCCGAUUCGCAGCCGAUCUCCGGUAAGGCGCAGGUCACCUUCUAGGAGCAGGAGCCUUUCAAAAUCUUUAUCUCCGAGGCAUUCCAGCAAAGUCAACCCAAAGUCGUCACCUUCUGCCAGUGCUAGCCCACCUCGCAAGACAGGUCUCGUCACUUAUGGAAAUGGCUCACCUGAUUCUAGUCGGGAUUAAAAACAAAAUGUUUUUUAAUUAUAGUUUUUCCUUUGCUGUAUUGUGAUCUGGAGAGUACUUUAUUUACAUGAGUAUUGUUUUCUCCUUAGCUUAGUUUAUGAGUAUGUGUAUGGGAGCAAUGGUGUUUGAGGCAUUAAGCAGUAGAGUGUCUUGUUUGCGAAUUUUUUUGACGGUAUAUGUGGAAGCGGUUUACAUUAUGGCAAUGUUUGGAUUCGUUUAGGGGGUUAUUUCCA